AUGGCUACUGCUUCGGAUGUCAAUGGAGUCACAUCUACUGAGCCAGUCCAACUCGUUGAGCUUAGAACCAGUGGUACCCUCAGGAGUACGUUCUGGGGUUAUCUGUGGGAUUCGGCAGACUUGCCAUCCAAAGAGAGGACUUUGGUUGCUAAAGUCGACGCUUCUAUUUUAAUCUUUGCUUGCCUUGGAUAUUUCUGCAAGAACAUCGAUCAAUCUAAUGUCAAUAAUGCGUUCUUGAGUGGCAUGAAGGAGGACCUCAACAUGUAUGGGAAUCAGCUUACAUACUCUAGCACCUUGUGGACCGUUGGAUAUAUCAUUGGGCAGAUACCUGCCGUCUUGACGUUGUCUAGAUUCUCACCUGGAAAGGUUAUUUCCAUCCUUGAACUCGGCUGGGGAAUUUGCACUCUAGCUACGUAUUCCGUAAAGAGCUACAAGGCCCUGUACGGUCUCCGUUUUCUUGUCGGACUUUUUGAAGCUGGGUUCUUCCCUGGUAUUAUGAUGAUCUUGGGAUCUUGGUAUUUACCGAGCGAGCUAGCGAAGCGUGUUGGCAUAUUCUGGGCAUCUGGAAUCCUGGGAGGCAUGUUUUCGGGUUUCUUGCAAACCGCUGCUUAUGAGAAUCUAACUGGUAAGGGAGGCCUUGCUGGUUGGAGAUGGCUCUUUAUCAUCGAUUCAAUUAUCACGAUUCCAAUCGCUAUCCUGGCUGCAUUCGUUCUCCCUGAGCAACCUUACAACGCCACCCCAACGUUUAUCCUAAAUCAGGACGAUAUCGAUAUUGCAAAAGAUCGUUUGCGCCGGGUUAAGCGUAAGGGUGCGGGGAAAUGGACCCUGAUGAAGAUCAAAGGGCUCGCAACGUCUUGGAUCACUUAUGUCAUGCCUCUCAUGUACUGCUUUUUCCUUAAUGGUGAAAUUGUGCAGCCAAUGGGCUACUGGCUAAAAUCAUUCAACGCGACACCUGCACCCGUCCCCGGUGUCAGCUUCACCGUUCCGCAAAUCAAUCUUUUACCCCUUCCUUACACCGCGAUGUUUGCUGUUGGGCUUCUGAGUGCCUCGUGGAUUUCUGAUGGCCCAUUGAAGGGGAAAAGGUAUCCGGUCAUCAUCUUUUGCGGACUGUAUUCGAUGGCAUUUGCUAUAGCCUUGAGAUUCCUUCCCACCUACACCCAUCGGACUGCUCAUUUCGCCCUGUACUAUCUCGUUGGGCUUGGUGUUGGCGGAGGACCUUCUAUUUUCGCCUGGACGAAUGAACUCUGCGGUAAUGACUUUGAAAGUCGUUCAUUCACCAUUGCCCUAACCAACAACUUGUCCUAUGUGAUGAAUGCUAUCGCCCCCAACUUUGUAUGGAAGACAACUGCCUUUCCCGCAGCACAUAAAGGUCUCUCUUAUAUGGCAAUCAUGCAAGGUCUAUUAGUCGUAAUGGUCUUCAUAGCGUUGUUCUUACAAAAGCGUGACGAAAAGCUUGGCUUCGUUCGGAAAGGAGAUCUCGAGGGAGUAGACGAGGUAAACUCGUCGAUUAAGUCUGCUGAUGGAUCCGUGACAGAAAAACAAAGCCACAUCCUUGAAGAAGAGAAAAUGGUUUGA